UAUCGUAUAAAUAUGAUGUUAUUGGGGCAAUAGGUUACCUUGUAACUUUGCCACAUUGGCAUUUUAUGACUUAAAGCCCGUGUGUGAAUACAACAUCAAUACGAUACACCCUUUUAGGAAUUUCCUCUAGGAUCCUGAUUUCAGAGUCAUAUGUUGCUAUAAAAUAUUGCUGUCUUCAAUAUGGCAACUGGGCAUGACGAAGAUGUUCAUUCCGCUCCAAUGGAAGGAUCGGAAGAGGGAAUUCCUCCGCCACCGAAGAAAAAUAUAUAUGACAAUGUGAGUUUUUUCCGCCGCCUGUUUUUUGUUUGGAUUCGUUACUGGGUCGAGAAUAUCGGAAAACCAAAUUUUAACUUUGAGAAUCUCCACCCUCUUCCUAAAAACGAUCAAAUAAAAGAAUGGCAACCUAUACUUUCGAAGCACGUUAGUGAUGGUAUUCUUAAAGCGGAGUUUGCUAAAGACAAGGACAAACCUGGUGAUUCCGCCACUAUAACCACUAAAACGGCACGUUUUAUUAUCCUCCGUGCUCUUUUACUAACCUAUGGUUUUCGUAUUUUUCUAAUUCUUUUGGCUAAUAUUGCUGUUAAUGUAGCGAGUGUUGGAAUGUCAAUAUUCCUCAAGAAAUUGCUGGUGUUAUUAUCAGCAAAGGAAAAGGUUUAUCUUUCUAUUGUAUUUUAUGCAGGUCUUAUUGCCGUUCUGGAAUUGGUAGUGUCGUUAUUGGAACAGCAUCUUACAUUCCACACCUCUCGUCUAGAGUCUGUUAUGGAGGCGUCAAUAUCCAUUACACUUUUCCAGCACAGCAUGUGUCACCGACGUGCAUACAAUUUAGGCUCAAUAGGACAUAACACCCUGGCAAAAUGUAAAGGUGUAGUUCAUUCUUGGCCAUGUGGGAAUGCAGAAUGCGGAGAAAAUCCUUUACGCUGUCCUGCUCGUAGGUAUCAAAAUAAGGAUUUAAGCCCACAAAUGUACACAUUCCUUUUGUUAGACACUUAUUGUCUUAUGCUUCCUGUUGAUGGCAUGAUCAUCUGUGUACGUUUGUUCACUACGUUCAUUACAUCUAUUAUUAUUAUUCGAACAAAAAUUGGUGUUGACAUUCUGACUUGUGCCUUGAUAUUAACGGGAACCGUUUUGAUGAGCAGUUUACUUGAGGUUAUAAAUGGUUUUGCUUAUAUGCAUUCAAUUAGAUCGAAGGAUUAUCGUUACUCUAAAACCUCAAAUGUACUAGGGAAUAUGGACAUUAUAAAAUUCAUGGGUUUGGAGGAUGUUGGGUACAACAUCGUACAGAAUUCCCGAGAUGACGAAAUGGCUGUGUUGUUCACACGUAGUGUUUUGUAUGCCAUAAAUUCAUCUUUGACGGUAACUAUUGGCACAAUCAUAUUUUUGGUGAUGAUAAAAGACUAUCUAAGAGAUGUUACAUCUACAUUGGACGUUUGCCGCUUUGAUGCCAGUGCUCCUAUGACAAUUAUGUUUAUCAUUAGCAAAUUGACUAAGGCAACUGAAAACUUUCCCAAUACAGUAAAAUACUUUAUGGAGGCUAUCGUUUGCCUUGUUCGUGUGGAUAAAUUCUUGAAUACAUGUUCUCCAAAUUAUUAUUUAGGCACCGACAUUUCAAAGCGACCACAGGAUUCGCCAAAGAUAAACACCUAUGAUCAAAUGGCACUUUCUUUACCGUCCGAUGACACACUUGUACUGUUUGACAAAGCUUCUUUCGCCUGGUACAACACGUACGAGGAAUGCAUGCGUGCUACUUCCGAUACAUCGCCACAACUGAAGAAUAUCAGUUUUAUAUUAAAACGUAAGGAUAUUUGCAUUGUUACCGGAAACCAAGGUUGUGGUAAAUCAAGUCUUUUAAAAGCAAUAAAUGGUGAGAUGAGUUUAACAGAGGGAAAGAUGGCAGUGGCACCCUUGUCCACUGGUAUGCCCAUUUUUUACAGCUCACAAGAUAUAUGGCUUCCAAGCGGUAGCAUUAGAUCUAUUAUAACAUUUGGGCACAUUUUUGAUGAAGAGAUUUACAAGAGAGUCAUACGUUGCGUUGAAUUAGAGAAGGACUUUAGAUCAUGGGCUCAUGGAGAUUCACGUGUCAUUUCUGAGCAAGGUUACUCACUGAGUGGUGGGCAACGUGUUAGAGUGGGUCUGGCUAGGGCCCUUUAUGCCUAUAUGAUAUUCAGCAAAGCUAAUGAACAACUGGAGAACCGUUGCUGUUUCUUGGUGUGCCUAGAUGAACCAUUCCACGGCCUGGAUCCGAAUGUGACCAAAUUGGUAUUCAACAACUUGUUUAACAAACGGACUGGAUUACUAGUGCGUGAUGACGUCGCAGUAAUUUUGACUGUGUCUAGGGUUAUAUCUGAUACUGUUUUUGAUGGUAUAAAUUGCAGAGAUGUUGUUGAAAUUCCUUUAUACCGUUUAGAUACUAACGGAUUUACUUGUGUUGGUAGAGUAGGGACCGCUAUAACAUCUGAGGAAUCUGCGGUUUCUUCGGCCAAUGUCUCUCCUGAUGCGUCUUCAAGAUUGUGCACCCCCAAAGCGUUAAGUACCAUUCCAAAUGCAGUUCUUAACACCAAUAUAUAUAACCCUGAUCGUACAGCACUUACUAAAGUUCCUCGUACGGGUAGACCAGUAGCUAAUGCUAAUAACCCCAACGAGGCUGCACCUGAUCCCUCCGAUAUGCGCCGGGCGUACAAAGCAUAUAUAUCAACAGUGGGAUACAUUCUUUGUACAGCUGUUUUGGUGAUGUUAAUAGCAGGUAUUACUUUCGAUAAAGUUAAUUCUAUAUUGCUUGCUAACUGGUCGGAUGCUCUAAAGCCACUUACAGACUGUAAUCUAACAAAGGAUGACAAGCUCAAGAUAUUAGAGGACAAUGCACACUUGUUGCGGCUGAUUAUUGGAUUCUCAAUUGCAUAUAUCAUUACUAUGUAUGGCAGUUAUAUGUUUACCUCCGUUGGCAAUCUUUUUGGUUCACAGAAGCUCCACAUAUUUGCUUUGAAAUCUUUAUUUUUUAGGAGUAGCACAGAGUUGCCGCUGAAAAAGUCGGUUGGUGAAGUCAUUACCUUAUUAUCAGGUGAUUUGUUCUUCAUCGAUGACAUUUUAGGCAAAGCCUUUUUGUUUUCUAUUAUGUCAUUGUUAAGGCUUGCAAUACAUUUCGGCACGAUGUGUUCUGCCGCUCCUAUAAUAAUUCCUAUACCAAUUCUUAUAUUCUAUUUCAUUUAUUUCAAGGUUUUCCGAUACCACUUGAAGGCCACCAAUCAUCUUCAAUGCUUCAUGUUUGAUGCCCUUGCCAAGAUCAACACGACAUAUUUAAACAUUGCUGGAGGUUCAGCCCUUUUCCGCAGUUAUCGUCGUGAGGGCAUGUGCAUGGAAUAUUUGUAUGCUAGCUCUGAAUUAUAUAUUCGGACUCGUUUUAUGAAGAAAUGUGUACCUUUAUGGAUUAUGGUUAUAAUCAAGUUGGUUACUUCCUUUACCAUUUUUGUAGUUACGGUUAUGUUGAUCAGUUUUACUGCCGUAGCAGGCAAGGAACUUCAAAUUGCGAACCUUGGUCUUAUUGUAACUCUUUUAUUAGAGCUCAACGGGUUAAUUACGCAAUGUGUGGCCAAGUAUGCUCUUUGUGAGCGUAUGCUUUGCUCUAUGUCCCGGUACGAAAACUAUCUUCUCCGUGGCAAGUACAGCUUGAAAGAAAAGUUUGACAGCAUGGAUGAAAUUGUCUUGUAUAAUAGUGCGAAAGCGAGCAACGCAAUAGUAGAGAAAGGAAAAGCUGAUCUGCUUCGUCGUCGUAAAUUUGAGUUCCGGAACUGUGUGAAACGUAGAUACAGAUCUGUCUGGACUACGUUGUGUUAUAGACCCCGUAUGCAGUUUGUUGACGUCGCUUCAUAUCUUCCUGGUGAUCAUUCUACGUUGACGUUGGACAAUGUAUCUGUUACAUAUAUGGGUUCAUCGGGCAAAGGCCCGGCAACAUAUAUUUUAAAGAACCUUAAUGCCACGGCAACAGCUGGUGACGUAGUUGGUAUCGUGGGUCGCACUGGAGCAGGAAAGACAACGUUAUUCCGCUCCUUACAGAAUAUUGCAAGGAAUCGCGACGGCCAACUUUUGCUUGACGGGCGAGAUUUGAAUACCAUACCUCGUGGCAUUGUACGUCAGAUCGUUGGUAUAUUGCCCCAAAUUCCAUUUGUUUUUAAGGGUUGGACACUUCGUAGGUUCCUUGACCCUCGUAUGUUGUACUCAGAUGAUGAGAUCAUAAGUGCUCUAGAAUGCUGUGGUUUACUUGAUAUGGUGAAGACUUUGCAUCCAACCAGAUUUUUGGAUGCAGUUCUUGUUGAUGAGAAUCUUAAAAUAGCGAGAGGGUUGUAUGUUGUUAUUCCAAUCAUUUGCUUGAAGCAAGUGAAAGAAGAGGGUUUCACAGUGGAAACCAAAAAGACGAAGGCCAAAGUAUAUGGCAAAGAUCAAUCUGGCCCUUGCUUUACUUCUUCACAGCUACGUAUGCUAACCUUAUCGCGUCUCUUUCUUUAUCGCAAUCAUUAUCGUUUGUUGUUGAUUGAUGAGCCUCCGUCUGAAAAUUGCGGAGAAAAUGAUGCCCAAGAAGGCGAACACGUAGACGUUGUGCCUGAUAAGUGCAUACCUGUUUACGAUUUAGUGGAUUUAUAUUUCAAGCAUUGCACAACUUUCAUUGUUGCUCAUGACUUACGCGCUCUGCGCUCCUGCAAUCAAAUAUGGUUCAUGGAGAGCGGAGAAAUUACGCGGAAGAUUAUGGGCGCUUCAAAUGUAGCCGAAUACUUAAACAACCUUUAAAUUACAGUUUUAAUGUUUAUAGAUUUGAUU